UCUUUAAUGCUUUAUUCUUGAAUGCAGAGAGUAUGGAAGUAAAAGGGAGUGCUUCAAGCUCACAGCCAUGCAUAGAAAAUAAAUCUAAACUUACUGGAAGUGUAUCAAUUGUACUGUAUAUUUGACAUCAAGAAUACCCAGGAAGAAGGGAAAGUAAAAGACAUAUACAGAAUGUGGAGGAAAAGAGAGAUUAUGGGAAAGGAGGUGAAAAACUAGAAGGAAAUAUAUAGAAAAAGCACACACAUACAUGCACACACAAAAGAAAGAAAACAGAGACCAAGAAGGAUGAAGGGGUGUCAUUGCAAAGGCUAUACCAUGAAUCAUCAUCUGAUCUGAUCUGUCUGUCUGUCAUGACAAAUUUUACCUGAAGCCUAUGAGUAUCGAAUAUGCAAAUUCAACGUGUUUGGCAAGGAAGAAAGCCUCCUCCUGCACAACAAGUAUGAGGUGCCAUCCAUCAAAUUUGAGGCAACCAUACGUCUCAAGAUCAAGACCAAGGCUGAGGCAAAGCUCUGGAUCAAAGAUUUGGAGAGAGCAUCUGCUGUGACUUGGAGAGUCGAUAAGACUUACCCAAUAUGUGGGGGAAAAAAGACACAAAACAUUUAUCGGAUUGACAUGAGGUGUCAACACAGAACAUACUCCAGGUCACCAUCAGCCAAUAAAAAGGCAUCAUCAAAAAACACGUGGUGCCCUGCCAAGAUGUUCCUGGUGGUGAAGCGCACACACAUGGCCAGUGGAAAGGUGUCCCAAUCAACAGAUCAGUAUCUGCAGGAAUUUCCAACCCGAGUGUAUUUGGACUUCCGGCACAACCAUCACUUGCUUUCCCCUGAAUCCCUGAGGAAGAGGGAUGUAUCAGAUGAAACAGUGCAGAAGCUGACAGCACUGUACAAGGCUGGGCACACACCACUGACAGCUCUGGAGGUCAUCAAGCAAGAUCUCCAGGCACACUAUGGGGACCAAUAUGUCUUUGUGUCUUCAGAUCGAUCCAAGUGUCCUGACAAACAGUUUUGUUACCGUCUGUACUACAAGCUUUUCUACCCAAAGUCUCCCAAGCCUACAGGAAAAAAAAUGUUACUGGACCUUCAGAACCACCUCAAGCCUUUCUGUGAGAAGUAUGCAUCUCACUGUGCCAGUAUAGAGAAAACAGAAGAUGAAAAUGUAAUAAUUGCCAUAUGUACACCAACCUCCAAGAAACAGCAGAAUAUGAUGGACAAUGAAGAAAACUUUAGAAAUAAUUAUACUACUUUGUCAGUGCCUCAGCCAAUCCAGCCAUUAGAUAUGGAAGGUUAUGGUAAUCAGCUGCAACUUAUGGAUGACUUUGAGCCUGAGAGUGAGAUAUGCAAUCAGGCUGUCAGACAUUGCCAGGAGAGCCUCAAGGCUGUGUUUGAUGACUUAGUGACAAAGAUAGAGUGUAAUCCUGACAACUUUCUAAAACCCAUCAACAAGUUCAUACAAAGCUAUCAAAAUACAAAAAAGAAUGAAUUAUUGAAUGCUCUAGAAACCUUUGGCCAGUGUUCAGGGAUAGCAAUGGCAGUGUCAAGAACGCUCAGGCAGCAGGUGAGUGGAGGAGAAGGAGGUGAUGCUAAGGAAGAGCUCACCACCAUCAUUUGUCCCAAGAAGAGAAAAGGGAACAGACAAAAAGUAAUCCAGGCACAACACCUCCUGCAGACACCACCCCAGGAGACAAACAGUGACUUUGAUGCUGAACUGCCAGCCCUGCCAACUGUGACUGAGGAUAUGGCAUCUCAUGAGCUUUCCCACCAUGAGAUGUCAGCUGUGCAUGACAUCACUGGUCACAGUAUACCAGUGAUGCAUGAUGUGUCCACUCACUCACCCUCCCACCCAGCCAUUCACCUCCAUCCUGCACAUCUCACCAUAUGUGCUGAACAACAAAGAAGAGCAUAGUCUGUAAGGUAUAAUUAUAGUCACUCUGCUGGAGGUGUCAUGACAUGUUAGGAAAUGCUAUAACAUUUAUGAGUUUUGCUGGAGAAGUGAACCUCUGACACAGCAAACAUAAGGCAAUGACAACCAGAUUUGUUUUGCUCAGUCUCAUGUUUGGAAUGGCAUUAUAUUUUCUGUGAUAUGUUGUUUUGCCACUCACGUACAGUCUUCUUGCUUACCGCUCAGAGGGCUUACAGGAAGGGGAAGACAUAAAACUUUUGAGCCUGCAGAAAGAGGAAAGAAGUAAAUAUGAAAGGAUAAUUCUGAUUCUGAAGUUUUUAGAUCAUACUGUUUCUGAAAUAUGAGAUAAUUCAUAUUUGCUUUGUUCAAUCCCAAGGAAACAUAAGCUAAGUGGAAUUAUUUAGUUGCAAGUCAUGACAAGGGAAGAUCUGAAAAUGUAAUGUUAAGAUGGAGAGGAAUGUAUUGUGAAGAUGUUUGAGCGCUGUCAGUAAGGGAAGUAGAAAAAAAGAAUCCAAGUUUUCUUGUGCAAUAUUGUAUUUUAAUAACAAACACAAGGUUAGAAUAUUUGUAGUUAUUUAGAUUAUUUGCUGCAAAUUAAUAACAUACAUGUGAAUAACAUGGAAAACACAGUUGAUCUGAUAUUCUAAUCUCUUCCAUUCUGAUGCCUGUUCCUGUGAUGAAAGAGAAAGCAUUUACCCCUCUCCAUACACACCACUCUAGCUUCUAUCUUGUAAUACCUUGCAUCCCCACAACCCUCUCAAGCAUUUCAGUUCAGUCCUCUUACUUCAUGAUCACUCCAUAUUUGUAUAUGCCUGUCAGUUUAUUUCUUACCAUUUUUCCCUUAAGAGAUGUGCAACAUUUGGCCACCUGCACACUCCUCAAUUCAUCCUGGACCUAUACACUGAACCUUCUACAUACACUUGUUGCUUAAUCAUCCUUUCUAUUUAAACCAGUCUGAUGACUCAUCUCCAUUGGAUGAGAUAUUGUGACUAAAGCUAGAUGAAAUAUUUUCUGAUCUGUAGAUGAUUAGACUUGAUACAUUGCCAUGAUAAUAGUCAUGUGAAGUACAUAUUAUGAGACAGCUGUGCAUGCUCUAUACUUCACAGUUUAUUGGCCUUAAUCAUCAACAUCUCAAUGCUACACAUUUAAAAGCUGAACAGCAAGUAAAGACAUGUGCUCUCUUACUGUGUUCUGUCCAUCAUGCCACUCACUUGGUGCAAGGAUACCAGCAUGCAGCUUGGAAAGUUAGUGGUCUUUGUCAUAGACUUUGCAAUUGCAUGUCUGGGACCAAGUGCUGAGUGGCAAUAAAUACCUCAUAACUCUGUUUUAAUGGUCCAGGUACUUCUGCUGACAGUGGAGCUUUGCUGUCUCAUAUACAUUUAUGUAUUGUCUCAGACAAAUGUUUUGCUCCCUCUUGUCAACAGUUGAUGAGAAAUGGUGUUAAGUGUUUCAUAAUGAAACUGAUGUCAUCAAAAA